UUUAUUUGAAUGCCUAAAAUGUUGAAUCAAAGCGAGAAUUGUUUUGAAUCAGGUAUAUCUGUGAAAUGCCGUAUAUAUAUAUUUGGCUCGUGCUUAACUGUCUCCCCCCCGGAUCAGUGGUACAGUCUCACAAAUUUCAUUCAUAAAAAUCUGCCUCACUAUAAAGAGAAGCAGCGUUGAUGGCUGGUGCCUCCUAGUGUAGUAACCUCAGUCCAGAUUAGAAAACCUUGCAGAAUAGCAUUUGGUGACAUUAGUCACAUAUUAAUCUGGUUCCCAGCAUCUCCUGGAGCGAUCUAGCAGAAGUGAUGCCUAAAAACGCGAGUGUUUCUCAGGUGUCUGCAGAACAGCUGUUGCACACAUCAGCUUCUGAGAUGAAGGAUACGCAGAAGACAGGUAUUCUGAAGGAUGCUGAUGCUCCCUUUGUUCCAACGGUCACUGCUGUAGCUUCAGCUCCAGAUCUCAAGUGGAUGGUCCUGUCGACUGACAUCUCCUCAGUGUCGCCCUGCAGACACGAGAAACCACAGAGCUCGUCUCACUCCACAGAUGCCAAACCAGCUCAAAAGACCUUCACUGGCCGGAGGAAGGGGGUGAAAGAUCAACUUUCUCCAGAGGAAGAGGAGAGGAAGAGGAUCAGAAGAGAAAGGAAUAAACUCGCAGCUGCCAAGUGUCGAAAUCGCAGACGAGAACUAACCAACAGCCUCCAAACUGAAACCGAUAGUCUCGAGGAGGACAAAGCAGCUCUGCAGUCUGAGAUUGCCAGUCUGUUAAAAGAGAAAGAACGACUUGAACUCAUCCUCUCUGCUCACAAGCCCCAUUGUAAACUCACGGAGGAAGAGGCGGCAGAGAGUGAGGAACAAACCCAAGCCCAGGAGGAGCAGAUUCAAGCUCCUAAUGUCUGCCCAGAUCAGGCACCCCCCUCCCCUCAACAGGUCGACCCCACCAGCACUGCAAUCUUUGGCGACUCUGAUGUCCUCCUGUGUUCCAGUGCCGAACUGGGAGCUGCUGAGGUGGAACCGUACAUCGAUAUGCGAGAUGUGUCCAUGGAAGACAUUAGCAACGUGAUUGACAGUGGCGAUGACAUGGAUCUGUUAGUGCCAGAUAUCGACCUUACUAGCUCUCUGGGCCUAAGCGAAUGGGAGACCCUUUACAUGUCAAUGGGUAGCGGGUUGGAACCUCUCAGCUCGCCUUCAUGCAGCCCCACCUGUAGCAGCACCAACACCGUGCCCGUCUUCAGCUUCAACAAUGCAGAUGUGGAGAAGCAUGACAGUGGCAAAGAGGGCCAAUCUAAUGCAGCCAAAGAAAUCUUGACGACUUUAUGAAGCUUCUGGCACAUCGUUCUUAUAAAGGUUCCAAAAUGGGGUUUUCA